UACUGAUUUACAGUUCAUGGGGUUGCCUAAUCACACACAUGAAGUUUUGGAAAGAUCUGACUUUUUUAACCCUUGUGACACCAAUUAUGGCACUUCCGGUUGGCACAGGAAGCUAUAAGUAAACACAUAUCCUCAUUGUGGUAUGUUUUUACAGAAUCCUGAGUUUUAAGUCUUUACGUGAAGAACUGACUGAUUUACACAGGGUUGAAUGCACUAUUUCUAUCAAACUGCAGGUAGGGUAUGGAUACACACGUUUAGGGUGAUGUUUAACCACUUCCGGUUGGUCCAGGAAGCUUAGAAUCAACACAGGUAGACCUCAUAGUGGCCUGAUGGACUGUCAUCGAAGACUGGUUCAUAAGGCAUUCAUAACCCACAUAGGCUUCAGAUUGACUUUAGAGGAGCAGGCAAUGUAUUCCUAUGGGGAGAGAUGUCAUUGUAAUCUGUGAGAUCAAAAACCCCUGUUUUACUGUUAAGGGUUAAUGCCACACAGUCAAGGUUAGGCUUGCACAGAUCGGGAGGACCUCAGGUACGAUCCUGAGGUCGAAUUGUGCUUCUCACCCAAACUGUUCUCUCACUGUCACCCAAAAGCAAAUGACCAUUUAAGGCCAGGCUUCAUUUUGGGCCUACUUUUUUUCACGGUCGCUGCACUCAGAGCGAGCUACGGUCAUGCGGGGGGCAUCUCGUUGAACUCUGCACGGCCUAGAGAAUAUGGAAAUGCCAUUGCAGGCUCUGUGUGUCUUUAAGCACCGCACUUUGUCACUCCGUCCUUGCUGUGUGUGUGUGUGUGUGAGUGAGAGCUUUUCUUUGACAUCUGUUGGGAGAAAUGACUGACUUACAGUUCAUGGGGAUUGCCUAAUCACGCAUGACGUUUAACCCUUGGAAACAGCACCCAUGACACCAUUUUAAGGCACUUCCGGUUUACACAGGAAGCUGAAAGUGAAAACACAUCCUCCUUGGGGUAGGCAAUUAUAGAAUUUUGAGUUAAAUCUAUGUUAAGAACUGACUUAUUUACAGAGGGUUUAGUGAGUGUGUGUUUAAGAAAAUCACAGAAAUCUUGCAGAGCUCCGAAGCACACUUUAAAAGAUUCCUAUGAACACGAUGCAACUGGAUCUGUAACUGUUUUAAAAAAUUAAAAAACUAUUUUUGAACAUCACCAAUUUGACAUUGUACGAUUUCUCUUAAAUGACGAUAGAUAUAUGGCUGGUUCUUUUUUUUAUUGACACCGGCGGCUCCUUGACUUUGACGUGAAGCGGAAAAAUUAUUGCUCUAUUUUCAUUUUGGACCUUUAAUCCCAGAAAAUGGCCAUAACUCCGUUGAGACACCAUCUUGUUCGGGGCCAACUGCCCAUUAUGCCAAACCUAGGCUCACCAAGUUUCGUCUUCAAAGUCUUUUCCGUUUUGGAGAUAAGGCCACGUCGUGAUUCGUGAUGUUUUGUACAUUUGCAAUAUGAUUCCAUUUGCCCUCUUGUGGGAUUUAUCGGGACAGCGGGAAAAUUACUAUUUUUAUAAAACGGAAACCGAAUGCCCGAGAGAGUUCGUUUGACUUCCUGGUAGAUCCGGCCCUGCCGCACGGCCCGACGCCGUCCGCAAAUUUUACAAAUGUUUUCGGACAUCUAGUAAGGGACCGUACAUUUGCAAUAUGGACUUUCUCACUAACCAUAUGGCGAAUGUCAAUGUUCCCUUAAGGUAUGAAAGCCUUCAGGUCAAUUAGGUGUCUAGCGGCAGUGAUAUUUGUUGACUGAACCUGAAAAAAAACUGGGGGAAACAAAAACCAGGAAAAACUAAAUGGAAUUUGUGGGGGGGGGGGGAAACCCGACUCAGGCAACAAAAAGUGUGUCAAUGGGGGUUAUAGUAGCCUGUUGGUUGUGUGACCACUCCUUUUAGUUCUCAGUCUUCUGUCCUCUUUUUCUGUCGUUUCUCUGUGUCGUCCUGGUGGUGUGAGGCUGACGCAGAUCGGGGGUGACAGACAGUCACAGAACAUCUCAGGAUGGCCGGGACUACUGCCAACUCUCUGGGACGGGCGGAACCUGUGUGUGUAGACUCCUGGAUGGAGUUCCCUGUGGACGUGUUGGAUUCAGUGAGGCAAGAGGAGGUGGAGCAGGCAGCAGAGGGCUACAUGACCCAGCUACGAUAUGUCAGCCCCGACAAGACCGAGAGCUUUACCCUGCCCAGCCACAGAAAGAUCAGUAUCAGUCUGUGUAACGUUGGUUUUGUUCCCAUCUAUGGAGGAGACCUGAAGCACAAGGUUAUGGCCCUGUUCUCCCCAGAUGAUCAGCUCACAGCGGUAGCUCUGUACCUGGCAGGACAGUGGUGGUCAGUAGAGGACAUCCUCAGAACCUCCGACCCCUCCAGAACUGGCCUGGUCAAGGUGAGGAGUCUUGGUGAGCGGCUCGUCCUGUACAUUCUGAACCGUAUCGUGUACCGCGUGGGUGAGAUGGACACACCCGAGGUGCCCUUCCUGUGCCACGGCCAGCACGACUUCGCCAAGCUCCUCUGGAAGGACGGAAACGCUGUCGGGUUCUACUCAGUCAAACCCAAAGACAGCUUGUGUAAUAACUUUGUGACCCAGCGCUACCAGCUUCCUGUCAUGGACUCCAUAUUUGUCAGGAAGUGUCACCGUGGAAACGGCCAUGGCCUGCAGAUGCUGGAGGACUUUGUGGACUCUUUCAAAGACAACCAGCUUGGCCUGAAGUACCCUCUCUCUCUAACCAUGUAUAAAGUGUGUGGCCGGUACCUGUGUCGGUACCCAGCUGACCAGGAUCUGCUGUGGGUGGUAGAGGGAGUGGGAGGCCCUUACCAGAGAGAGAAUGUGGCCAGCAAGAUGAAAGCCCUAGCACUGAAAGCGGUGCGCCACGCGGUGACUUCUAACGGAGCCCGACGAGCAGCCUCCCUGGACCACACAGACGUCAGCAUGGAGGAGGACAACUUUCUGGACAUCACCGAGGAUGUUUUGGUGGUAAAUACUCCCCUGAAGUUAAUAGAAGCGCUGGAUGGCUCACCCGUGUCAACGCGUAGCAGGAGUAGCGGACAUAAAAAGCGUGGCAGAGAAGAGACAGAAGACUCCACGGAGGAGAGCCAGCCUCUGAAGAUGAACAGAAUGGAGGAUGCAAAGUCCGAGCCCACCAACACGACUGUAGAGGAUGGAGGACAGGAGGAGGUGGAAGGAAGAGAGGGGGAGGAGUCUGGAGAGGCAGAGGCUGCUGUGGCCCAGGAAGAGGAGGAGGAGACUGCGACGACCAAAGCUCAGAUUCAGACAUGGGAAAAACAGAUAGUCAAGAUGAACGGAGAACUGACUGAUGGCCAGAGGGAGGAGGUAAAGGAUGGAGUGGAGGGAGAGGCUGUACUGGAGAAUAGAACGACAGAGGAAGACGUGGAGGAGGCGGCAGCAAAGGAGGAAGAGUCCAUCGAGGCUGAAGACAUAUUAGAAGCAGCUCCUGUGGCGCCAGAGGGGUUGGCUGAAGCUGUGGAGGAGCAGGAUCCUCUCCCGUUAGUAGACGAUCCAGCGUCUGUUUCAGAGGAGGCCCCUCGCCUGCAGAACCAUCCCCAGCAGAGCCCUCACUCUCUGGGGAUGUGCGUGAGGAGGCUACACCCAUGGAAGAAGCAGAGGAGGGACACUGUAGUAGCAACUCCUGUGGCGUCGGAGGGGUUGGCUGUGGUGGAGGAUGUGGAGGAGGUGGCUCCUCUCCCGUUAGUAAAAGAGCCGGCCUCCGCUCCAGAGGAGGCCCCCUCGCCCAUGGAAGGAGAGGAGGUAAAGAGAGAAGAGGUGGAGGAGAGCGCAAUGGAGGAACCGGAGGCGAAGAAGAAAUUGGUGGAGGUCAUUGCAGUGGACAGCAGUAGCCAGGAAACGGUGGUCCAAGUGCUGGGAGGAGACCUGUCCUACCAGCCUCUGGAGGAAGGAGAGGAGGAGGCGGCGAAGGAAGGGGUCCUGGUCGCGAAUGAGGAAAAUAAAGGGGUAGAGGAGAUGGAGAAUGCAACGACUACAGAGGAGUUCGAGGAGGGAAGUGAGAGCUCCGACGAGGGAGGCAAGGGUCAGGCUCUUUGGAGGAGAGUUGGGGGCAGGGGCCCGGCGGCGCCUGAACGUAAAUCUAAGAGACUGAACAGAGUGGUCAUCGAGCAGGACAGGGAGCAGCCAGAGGUCACAGUGGAAGAGGAGGAGAAAGCUACAACUACAGAGGAGGAGGAGGAAGAAGAGGCUGUAGAGAAGAGCUGGGCUGAGGAAGAGGUGGAGGAAGAGGAGCAGCCACAAGUGAUUGACCAGAGGGCAUUGAGAAGGAAGAGCCGACCGGUCCAGACUCCAAAUAAAGCCAGAGGGAAACGACAUGGCAAGAUCUAAACACACCAGGCAUGCACAACACACACACACACACACACACGGUGAUGUUUUCUGUCUGGUUUUAGGGUUUGUAAGGGGUCUAAAGUUUACUUGUAUUAUCUCAGUAUGAUGUUUAGAUGCAUUUACUUUAGGUAGUUCAUUUAUCUUUACAGAAAACGACCAAAAAAGUGUUUGUACAGGAAAACGCAGCACUCGCUAUUGUAAUUCGUCAAUGUGAAUUCUUUUAAUGUUAUUCAUAUGUCAUUUGUAAUCUUGUUUUUACUGCCUUGUUCUAUAGGAACUGACUGAUAUUGAGUUUAACAGGUCUGUUGUGGUUUGAAUAUGAUUGUCACUCAAAGAUUUUUACUAUCAAACCCAGUUCCAUGUUCUCCUAUAGCCUGGUCCCAUUCUCGUCUUGAGGUGCCACUGUUAUAUUUAUAGUCGUUACAAUAUUUAAAUAGUUUUGGUCGAAAGGCACCUCUUUAGUUUAGUUCUUGCAGGAGUUAUUUUCUAAAAAAAGUCAUUGAAGUUCUGUUCCAAUGAAAGCCAGCAGACCCAUUAGCUUCCGAAGACCAGUUUUGCUAAUAAACCUUUUUUUUAUGACUAUAUGGAACUCUUAAGGAAGGAAACUUUCAAAGAAUGCUUUCAGUUUUCUCCGUGGUGCACGCCACCUAGCUAUCGUAUCUCUUGGAGUGAUGAAAUUAUAUUUUCCGAUGCGCCUUUCGAAAAGCUGUGAAUGAACGUCAAAUCAUGAUCUUCAGGUUGCACGGCACGUACUCGUGCACAUGCACACACAUGCAUAUCGAUAUGUACACACAGAUACUAUAGUGAAUAUAUCCAUAGAAUCUGUUUUGAAUAGGAACAAUCGAUUUGGACAUGAUUUGAUCUUAAUUUAGCAAUAAAAUAAAACGUUUCUGAGAUCCUAAUUGUCUUUCCCAUUCAUAAUUUAAGAUGGUGAUUUAUACUUUGUAAUAUAAUUCAUGGCCUCUUUAAUUGCAAUUGGAUAAAAUAUGUAUAUUACAAUAACUAGAUUAUACCAGAAUUUUGAAGUAACUGAAUUUAUGUACCAUCGAUAUUUUUGAUAUAAACAUUUUGUAAAAUGACAACUUUCACUAUUGGGAGAAAGAAAUGUUGCAACCCAAAUUCCGUGAAUUGUAUGCCGUCAUUGAGUGUUGAUUCACUAUUAGAGGGCACUUUGAGCCAAAGACGUGAAGCAGAAUGCAUCAAAUGGGCUAUUGUUGUACCAUGGUUACAGGUCAAUCUAUAGAACCUUAACUAGGGCCGUAUUCACUAGGCACCAAACGGAUUAAAAAAACACUCCGCUGUGCACUAAUGAAUAUGACCCGUGCUAAAGGAUUGGAUGGUGAUUGGAUGGUGCGCCACAGCGUUUACGAGAUGGUUCUAGGCAGUUGCAUUGACUGUAAAGGUGUUUUCCCUCUGUAUGGAAGGAAACCUGUUCUAGCCUUGGCAGAACGUGUCAAUGCAACUGUUUGAUGUAAACCUUAGACGUGUAUAUAAUUAGUCAUUGACUUGAAAUAGGGUCUCCCCAUUCUAGUAAUUAUGUUUCUAUAAUGGAAACCUUGAUGUCAGAAUGUCAGUCUCACAGAUAGUGUUUUCGGCGACGUGAGUUUUUGGUUUCUCUUGUUAAUCAAAUUGCCUUCAUAACAUCUAUUGUAAAAGGCAGAAAUAUAUCCAUUUUUUGUAUGACUGAUGUGUGUUCGCUGUGUCUGGGAUAUGUCACAUACAAGGAGCUACAGCGUACAACACCUGGUUGAGCGGCUUCCUCUCCUUAAUCUGCACUGGUCUGAGAACUAGGGGUGAGUGAAGGCAAUGUGGCAGAAACCUACCAGGGGAUUUUGCUUUCACCUCUCCACUUCCAGAUCAGUGCAGGGGAUGGAAAGGAGGCGAGGAGAGGAUGCCACGCUGUACUCUUGAUGCUCACCAUGUGCUUGUUGCUGAAAUACCCGUUCUUUCAACCACUGCUAUACUUGUGGAUGGGUUCCAUUAGGUCUUGUUUCUACUCUAUUCUGAUUCCCCCAAAGUGUUUUAAAGGUUCAUUGUGACACCAUGAAACUGCUGUACAGAAUAUUACACAGCCAUGUUAGUUCUGUUCGUUUUCUGUUGGAAUGUAUUCUGGAUAUGCUGCAGCAGCAGAGGGAGACAGAGUAGGUGUCGUUGAGCUGCAGCGUCGAGUAUAGUAUAUAGCCUGUCUUGACCCUGUUGUAGCGUUUUCAGAUUUGGGUUGAAAAUGGAAGUCCACCACUUGGUGGCACUCACAUUCUGCCACAUUCGGCUGCUGUGGUUCCCUCUGUGCCUGGUGGUUUUAUACAUGCAUGCUUCGUAGAUAUGUCUGACUGGGUUUGUGCUGGUGCUCUCCGAAAAUGAAGGCUGGCUUGCCCCAGGGGCCAUGUUCAGUCGGGUGCAACGUCAGAAAUGGUUUGUUCGCCGGUGUACAAGACGCUCCUUAUUUGCAACGUUCAGAACAUUGCACCUUCCUGAAUGUACCUCGUACUACUCUAAAUCAGGCAUCCUUAUUGGCCUCAUUCGCAACCAAUAGACUUUAGACUGUCCUGAAUGGUAAAUGAUGCCCUAUAUAGUGCACGCUUUUGAACAAAGCCCGAUUGGCACUGGUCAAAGGGAGAACAGGGUGCCCUUUAGGGUAGUGUUCUGUUGAUUUUGUUUGCACUGUAACAUGUACGGUUUGUGGUUGGAGAUAUUAACCGUUUCACCGCUGACACCUAUGUUUAGUCACAGGUACUAUCAGGGUCUCAAUUCAGGAGAUGAAUCCACAUUUAAAUGAAUUGGAAAGAUGUCUAUUUCAAAAGAAAGAGAAAUGUGUGCCUUUUUUUUUAAUGGUCCCUGACUGUAAGGGACCCCCCCCCCCCAAUGAGUUUUACAUGUGAUAUUUUUUAACUAAUAAGUAUGAUUUCAAAUCACCUGAAUUCACUGAGUUGUAAUAGAUUACAACUCAUUCCUGCAUCUUGUCACUUCCACAUAAUCUGCCUCUUGUGACGUUACUGGACCAAUCCUGUUGGUUUCUCAGCUGUAUUAUCACAGGCUACUCUUCAUCUUAUAUCUUGCAGAACAUAUUUCAAUUUAUGAUUUCCUUCUUCUUAAUGAAAAAUAAAAAUAAAAGUUUUUCUGAAAUUA